CUCCCUCCGUCCUCCUCCUUUCCCCCUCACUUCCUGCCUCUCUCUCGCCCCCCACCCCAAACUUCAGAGAAGGAGAAGGAAAGAUUCAGAGGAGAAGAGAGUAAUAGAUGGCAACUACUCCCCCAGAUGAGUACGAAUUCUGAUUUCUGGCUAUCUUUUGGAUUCAGUUUUCAGUGCUGAGCUUAUGUUUUUAGUCCUUCGGUUUAUGUAAAAAUACCAUUUUUGUGGGGAAGUAGAUUAGUUUUGUUGGUACCAUAAUCCCGUUUCUUGCGUUAGAAUCAUUCAUAGAUGGUGUUUUUCCACUCAAAAUGCCAUCUUUUAGAGAGCCCAUGUUUCGAUUUGCUUUCAAAUCCUGAAAGCUGACGCUUUUUUUAGUAUGAUCCCUGGUUUUCUACUAUAUCGGGAGGCCAGUUCUCGCAUUCACACCCGAUGGAUAGCGCCCAGGGAGGCAGCAAUCACCUCCCUGCUGGCCCAGAUCAUUCUCUCGUGCCGGCGGCAACAAGGGUGCCGGACAAGGGGAAGCGGGAUGAGUGGAGUGAGAGCGGUGUGCUGUGCUUACUAGAGGUCUAUGAGUCAAAGUGGCUGCUUCGGAACCGGGCGAAGCUGAAGGGGAGUGACUGGGAGGACAUAGCACGCCAGGUGUCUGCUCGGUGCUCCGGGAUGAAGGGGCUCAAGUCCCCUAGUCAGUGCAAGAAUAAGAUCGAGUCGAUGAAGAAAAGGUACCGGGCAGAGUCUUCCGCUGCUCAUGAACCCAACUCAUGCUCUUCAUGGCAGUUCUAUGCCCGUAUGGAUAGCUUGCUGAAAGGUACACCAAAUUGCGCGGCUCAGCCCAAAUCCAAUCAUAAUAUCAAUCUCCAAGCUUUGCCAAAGAUGGAGAACGAGGUCGAAGUCGUGGGGCACUUGCAGGAUAGCAACCAAGAUGAUGCAUCGAACACAUCGCCAGUUGAUGUUAAAGCUGUUAACAAUGACAACAGUGAUAAGAAAGAGAGUAGGGGUGAUAGCGAUGGGAGUGCGCCGAGAAGCAAGGCGGUCAAUGCUGAGGAGAGGACAGGGAGGGUUGGCAAUCCAUCCAAGAGGAGGAAGGAAUCAGGAAAUGAGAUGGCGGAUAGCAUUAGGUUGCUCGCUGAAUCGAUCUUGAAAAUUGAGCAGGCAAAGAUAGAGAUGUACAAGGAUUCUGAAAGGAUGAGGGCUGAGGCAGAGAUUAAGCGUGGGGAAAUGGAGCUCAAGAGGACAGAAAUUAUAGCAAAAACCCAGUUGCAGAUUGCGAAGCUUUUUGCAAAGAAGUCACAGGGGAGAAGCAGUAAGAGUGAGGGCUCAUCUUUAAGAACUGAAUUGGAUAUGCUACCAAGGAGAGAUGUAACGGAUGAUUAGCUGCAUGAAGUGGAUUGUGUUCAAAGCAAUGGUUCCUGUCAUGUUGUUCACAGAAGCGCUAAUAUCCAUUGAUUCAAUCUCCAAUAAUUCUGUGCUGUAUAUACCGAUGUAUCAAUCAGUGUGUACUAUCAAUAAUACCAAAAACUGAAGGGAGAAUUUAACUGCCGUCAAAGGCAUACCAAGUGCAGCAACAGGCUAAAUAACUAAUAAAAUGGUGGCUAACCCUUAAAUGCUGAGGACAUUUUUUAGCUCUCAAAAGGUGCAUGGCCUUCACCUCUGUAAACCUUGCACAAUUAUGUGUCCUGGAAAACAACGGCAGGUAGCUAUUCUCUUUGAUUGGUG